AUGGAUGAUUAUGCAACAAAAAUUAAGGAUUCAGCUGAACAUUUGAUUCGAAAUGAAUUUCCUGAAAAAGCACUUGAACUUGAUACACUUUGUUCGAGUGAAGCAUUAUCCUUUAAUGAAGUAUCAAAGAUUCGUGCUGAAGUUCAAUUACCAACAGCUGAUGAUAUUAUUGCUCAUUUAACAAAUAACAAGAAUAUAAAUUCAACUGACGAUCAUCAUCAUUCAAUAUCAGCGAAAAAUAAUAAUAAUAAUGGCACAAAAAAAUCUCAUAAAACAGAUUUAAUAGAUAAUACUAUUCAAUCACCUGUUUAUGUGUUUAAUGGUACAGUUCCAUCAAAUCCACUUAUAUCAAUUCUUGAAGAUAAACUUCGACCAUAUAUUCUUCAUUUUCUUGAUAGUGUUGCUGUUAUUAAAUUAUGGAUACAAUUGAUGAUACCCAAAGUUGAAGAUGGAAAUAAUUUUGGUGUUGGUGUACAAGAAGAUUCAUUAGCUGAAGUUCGAACAUCAGAAACUGAAGUAACACAAUAUAUUGAUUUAACAUGCAAAUAUUUAAUUUCUCGUGGUGAACUUAUUAAAAAAGUUGUGAAAUAUCCACAUGUAGAAGAUUAUCGUCGAAGUGUUCAAUCAUUAGAUGAGAAACAAUUUGUUUCAUUACGUUUCAUUGCAUUGGAACUUCGAAAUCAUUAUACAAGUGUUCAUGAUAUUCUAAUGAAAAAUUUAGAGAAAAUUAAAAAACCAAGAUCAAAUCAAACACAUGCAUCAUUGUAUUAG